AUGGAAGCUCUCUCCGGGCAGAUCUUACCUUCGAAGAUAGCCGAGAGCUCUUCGCCCGUCCACUUGUCGCCGGUGUCGUCGCUGCUCAGAUCUUCUUAUUUUUCCAGUCAGUGGUCGAGAAACCGCGAAAAUCUGAGGUUUGGACAGCUGAAAGCCCAGGCAUGCCGUCGCGGAGUUCGAGCUCAGGCCCGGGAAGUGUCCGGCGCUGGUACUGGGAAGGAUGAUGGAUCGUCUUCUUCGGUCAAGGUACUCGAAAAUUCGUCGGUGCCUCUUACCUCUCGUAUUGAUUUACACAAUCGAGGAAUCAAUUUUCACUGCAUAGUUAAGAUUUAGUCUAUGACCAGAAUUUUUUUCUGGCUCAUUCACUAGCUAGGUCGUGUAGAACACGCCUCUAUUACGUAAUCACAACUGUAAGAACCGAGGAAAUUAUCCAAUCAAAACCUUUCAACUGCUGUGAAGUCUUCUGUUAGAUACUCUUGGUACUCUUCUCAUCUUUUGCAAUUUCGUGGGCACGAGAAAUGGAGAAUCCUUCGAGUGACGUAACGAUUAUGGAGCAAGAAGAUAAGUUUGGCACUUGGAACUGGAAGGAGCCUCCGUCCGUCGGGGUGGUCUUCAAGCUUUUGUAAAAUACUGAUUUUAUGGGGUACAUGGGAUGCUAUAUUAUUUUAAAAAAUGAUAUGUGCUCUCUCCAGCUCUUUUGUUAUUUGCGUUGAGAUAUCAUUCAUUAUUGGGCAUGGCCUUUAGGCCAGUUUUACAUCUAGUUGAUACUCGGGCAUAAAAACUGUUCAUAGCACCUGGGGAGGGGUAAGAAAUGAUGUCGUUAUGGCAGCUGUUCGUGAUGAGGAUGACGGGGGUGGUCUUGAAAACCACUAUCCUUGUUGCAGUUAGCAUGCAUGAAUAUCAAUUGAUUCAGUUAAGAAGUAUUCUGAUUAUUUGCAUAUUUCUUUUGAAUCGUAGAACGGCCUGAAUCAAAAUGGGGUCCGCAGAACAGAUCCCAAGGAGAACCCAGUCACAGAAAUAAUCAAACCUAGUGGAAGUGGUGCAAGUGGUGGAUCCAAAGGCCUUUUCAGGACACCGAUUUCUGGCGGCGUACAAAGUGCAACAUCUGCUCACGGUUUACCUCGUCCAGCACUGGCUGUACGCAAUCUAAUGGAGCAGGUAUGUAGAGAUUAAACCCUGCUACAUACUAUUGAGAGAAAUUAUACCAGUGUUAUCGUUACUCAACUUUUUCUUUGAGGUUUAUCAUAUGCUUAUGUGCAUAUGUUUUGCUCCAUAUUUGUAUCGAAAGGCCAGAUUCGCUCAUUUGUGCACGAUUAUGUCUCGGAUGCAUCAUCGACGGGAAGGCUACCCUUUCGGCUCUUUAGUCGACUUCGCAACUGAUUCAAGGGGCCGUAAGAACCUAAUACUGCCAUUGGCCUUCGUCAUGAAUGUGAAAUGCUUUAUUUUCAAGAAAAAAACAAUGUAUUCUUCAUAUCAUCUGCAGAUCCAAUAUUUUGUUUUUCACCAUUGGCUAUCCACACUCGUAAUUUGCUGGCAGAUCCAAGAUGUACCCUUGUUGUGCAGGUGUGCUUGAUUCCUUAUUUAUCAUUAUCUCCUUUUCAAACACUGGUAUAUUGAUCUUUGUCUCUACUUUGACAUAAAUGUUGAAUUUUAGAUACCCGGAUGGAGUGGACUAUCCAAUGCACGUGUGACAAUCUUCGGUGAUAUACUUCCUCUACCAGAUGAUCAACAAGUUGGUAUCAGAUUGUAUAAAUUGUUUUUGACAUGACAUAUCUAUAUUUGCAUUUUUUAUGUACUUAUUUAUUUAUCAAUCAAACAUCAAUUUCUGGUAUAAUCUGGGAUAUUAAUUCCACUACAGAUAUACUGGGGAAGUCCCAACCAUCGAUAUUUUCUAAGGUCGUGUCAAUGCCUUUAAAGGGGCUUUGUUCUUAAAUGCUAUGAAUAUUAUACGCUUACCAGCUUUUUUAUAAACAGCUAUCAGAACUGAAGGAAUCAUUUUACUCGUGCAGUUGCUGUACAUUAGUAAGGAAACGAUAGUCUUUAUUUGUGAGAAAACUCGGUGGUAGAAAGAGAGGACUGAGAGAAGAUGGAAAAGUUAGUAUGGCAUAAUUUUUUUAUGUGCAUAAUUUAUACGAAUAUUGAUUGAGAAAAGGAAAAAGCUAAACAGAAGUUUAUCCAGGGAGGAUCGUUUAUAUUGUCCAGUCAUUUUUUCUUACAUCUAGAGUGGCCACAAAGCUGUACAAUGCCAGGAUCUAAUGUUGUCAAGUCUGGCAAGAGCUGGGUCACAAGAACUCCUGUUCCUCAAUUUCUCGUCUGAAUUUUGUGUUGAUGAGCUCAGCGGGAUGCAGUUCUUGGGAAUUAUUCAGACCAAGACUAUGCAACAUGAUUAAAUAUUUGAGUUUCUGAAGUAUCCCAUGAAAUACAUCGCUUACAACUGUGCCUGCAUUUUUUUUUUCACGUACAAGAAAUUUUUUAUGCGAAAUCUGAUAAUUUUAGAUGGUCUGAGUUGAUUGAAAGGUCAUGGUACCUGCUGGAUGUAGAAACUGCAAAAUGGAUCUGCUCUUGAUCUGUAUUUCUAUGAACAAUUGUCAUUGUAAGUAUUCAAGGAUCAGGGAACUUGUGAAAUCCUCAAGACAUUAAAUGACGAUCCUCAAUGUGUCGUGCAUAUGUGUGAACAUAUGACGAAUCUAUAUCAGGUUCAGCAUCAGGAAAAAAUAUACUAGCCUUCAACUUCCCAUGGAAGCCGGCAGCAAAUGAUGAGAAGGGUGCUGGUGGCCACUCCCCUGCUUCUUUCUUCUCUCUUCCACCCUUUGCUUUGCUGAAACUUGUAGAAGUUGACUUUUCGGAUUUUGGGGUGUUGACCCUGAAUUUCAACGAAUAAAAUUCGGAAAUCGAACUUGUUGUGUUCUUGGGUUCUAUAGUCCUGACGAGUUUGAUUUUCCUGAUUAUGUUCUGUCUAGCAUUGCUGUGGUGGAAAUUGUUUGGUUACAUUCUCAGGGGGCUCUUUAAGCUUAAUGCCAUCUUCUGCUUCAUGAAAUCAGGAAUGGGCCCACAAACAGUACACAGCGAAGCAUCAGCAGUGGGCAUCCCAGCAAUGGGGCAACUUCUACUACCAUCAAAUGCAAAAUAUAAGGUUUUUCUAGUCCCAAUUUAGUCUUCAAAUCUCUCAUGCAACCGCCCUAAUUACCCUUGCUAUUUAAUAUAAUAUAAUUUAACUUUUUGGUUAGGAUAAUCUUUUAAUGUUGUCCAUAAAAUGAAUAGAAAUCUUAUUUUAUUCGAUCAAUGGAACAUGUGUAUGCAACAUUAUUGAUCAUCACUUCAACAUUUAUUCGCAGUGACAUAUAUUUCAUUGGAGGAUUCGGGACUGUAGCAUGGGUAGACGUUUCAGAAUAUGAAUCGCUUCAACCUGAUAAGAUUGCCAUUGAUGGGGGGGAAAGCAAUCUCAAGGUCAGAUUCCUCAUCCUGAAACCUUAACCUAGGGGCUCCAUCAAACCCAGAACCCGAUCAGUUGACUCCAUGGACAAAUUCUCCUGGGAGUCAGCCGGCUGUUCAUGUUGAAAAAAUUCCCUUUUCAUAGUAUAAAAGUGGUGGUCGUCUUUUAUGCUAGGAACUGAAUACCAUCUUCUCCAAGCGGCUCAAGGAGAUUCUGUCCAUCGAAGGGGAGGUGGACGAUGCAGCUCUCAUAUCCAUCGAUUGCAAAGGCACAGAUAUCCGUGUCCGGCAAGGCACCCAGGUAUUUCCCAAAAAUAGCAAUCUAUUCAAGAGGAAAUAAAUAUUACGUGGAUUUGUUGACGUCAUUUAAUACCGGAUAUAAACAUGCUUCCCUGUAGUUCAACGUCCAGCGGUUGUCCUUUGAAGAGGACCAUGAAGUGCAGACGCUGGAGGAAGCCAAGUCAGCGCUUGAGAAGAUUAUCUCGAGGAGACGCAGGUCAACCCCGAAAACCUGA